UUUUUUUUUUUUUUCCUGCGAGGCGGAGACGCGAAAGGCGAUUUUUGCGACAGUCAACACUGACAGGCGGCACGUUGUUGUUGGGGGCGGAGCUUCAAUACCGCACACAGUAGUUUCUGGAAGGAACCUCAUGCGCGCAACAUGGACAAAGUGUCUGCAUUGAAAGACCAAGGCAACAAAGCACUGAGUGCCGGAAAUAUCGACGAGGCCAUACGGUGCUACACUGAGGCCGUGACCCUCGACCCCAAAAACCACGUCCUGUUUAGCAACCGCUCGGCUGCCUACGCCAAACAAGGCAAUUAUCAAAAGGCUCUGGAGGAUGCUUGCGAGACCAUCAAGAUAAAGCCGGACUGGGGCAAGGGUUACUCCCGUAAAGCUGCGGCGCAAGAAUUUCUCGGACGGCUCGAGCAUGCAAAAGCGACGUAUCAAGAGGGCAUCCGGCACGAGCCCAACAAUCAGCAGUUAAAGGAGGGUUUACAGUGCAUUGAAGCCCGCCUCGCAGAGAAGUCAAUAAUGAAUCCUUUCGCCGUGCCUAACUUAUAUCAAAAGCUGGAGAACGACCCCCGCACCCGAGAGCUCUUGGCGGAUCCGAGCUACAAAGAACUCCUGGAGCAACUCCGGAAAAACCCUUCUGCGCUUGGCACGAAGCUGCAAGAUAAACGAGUGAUGACCACCUUGUCUGUGCUGUUGGGUCUCAACUUGUCCGGAAUGGACGAAGAAGAGCAGCCGGCCCCUCCCCCCCCUCCCUCUAAGACUCCGAGCAAACCGACGGAGAUGCGGCCCCCCCCUCCCACAGAGGAAAACCUUCCGGAGAACAAGAGAAGCGCCUUGAAAGAAAAGGAGCUCGGGAACGCCGCCUAUAAAAACAAAGACUUUGACGCGGCGUUGAAGCAUUACCAAGAAGCCAUCAAGCACGAUCCUACCAACAUGACGUAUAUUUCCAAUCAAGCUGCCGUUUACUUCGAGAUGGGAGAUUUCGACAAGUGCAGGGAGCUUUGCGAGAAGGCCAUCGACGUCGGCAGAGAGAAUCGGGAAGACUACAGACAAAUUGCAAAGGCGCUGGCCAGGAUCGGCAACUCGUACUUCAAGCAGGAAAAGUACAAGGAAGCGGUUCAGUACUUCAACAAGAGUUUAACGGAGCAUCGCACCCCCGACGUCUUGAAGAAGUGUCAACAAGCAGAGAAGAUCCUGAAAGAGUUGGAGAAACAAGCCUACAUUAAUCCUGAUUUAGCUCUGGAGGAGAAGAACAAGGGCAACGAGGCCUUCCAGAAGGGUGACUAUCCUCUGGCUAUGAAGCAUUACAGCGAAGCCAUCAAAAGAAACCCAAACGACGCCAAGCUCUUCAGCAACCGAGCUGCCUGCUACACCAAACUGUUGGAGUUUCAACUUGCUCUGAAGGAUUGUGAGGAGUGCAUCAAACUGGAGCCCACAUUCAUUAAAGGCUACACACGCAAAGCCGCCGCUUUGGAAGCAAUGAAAGAUUUUUCCAAGGCCAUGGACGUGUACCAGAAGGCUUUGGAGCUCGAUUCUUCCUCCAAGGAAGCCACCGAAGGCUUCCAGCGUUGCAUGGUCAGCCAGACCAUGAGGAACGACAGCCCCGAGGAAGUCAAGCAAAGGGCCAUGGCCGACCCCGAGGUGCAGCAGAUUAUGUCGGACCCGGCCAUGCGCAUGAUCCUGGAGCAAAUGCAGAAGGACCCUCAGGCGCUCAGCGACCACUUAAAGAACCCGGUCAUCGCAAAGAAGAUUCAGAAACUGCUGGAUGUCGGACUCAUAGCCAUCCAUUGAUGUGACGCAAGCCAACGCCCGACGCGGGGAACAAAUUGCAAAGUCUCACUUCCGAAAUAUUACAUUGUCUGUUUGUGGUACCGCUUCAACUGUGUUCAUUUUGAGCAUUUGAAAUCUGACUUGGUCUGACACCAGAUUUGAGAGGACGCGCUUUGAAAACACAACGCUGGACUGCCUCGUCUGCAUUGGCGUCGUCCGAGCCGAGCGCAUUAUAUAGCUCCCUCCCUCACCCCCCCCCCCCAACUCAAAAUGGGGAAUUUACACAAUCGCGCUUGUCACACUGAUCACAAAGUAAAAUUGUUUGUUUGCUCUGAAUGGUUUGACUAAACGCGGUGCUUCAAAAUUGUCAA